AAUCUCGUAGAGAAGCACAUCCACAAAAUCCCAAACAAGCUUAUUGUUGCAAUUAAUCCCAAAAGCUUGCUCAUAAUCAAUAUCACAACAUUAUGUCCUCCUCAAAACCAAUCUCUCUCCUAACUUUCUCUCUCUUCUUCUUCCUUUUCCUCAAUGCAGCCAUAGCCGCGGAUCCUCUCUACCAUUUUUGCUUCAACAAGGAAAACUACACAGCCAACAGCCCAUUUGGCGCAAACUUGAAUGAACUGCUCAGCCGUCUCUCCGUCAAAGUCCCUCCGACCGGCUUCGGAGUUAGCACCACCGGGCAAGGCGACAGCCAAGUGAACGGACUAGGCCUGUGCCGCGGAGACGUCUCCACCGAGGACUGCAAGACUUGCACCGUCGAAGCGGGCAAAGAGCUUCAGAGCCGUUGCCCAUACAACAAAGGAGCCGUCAUUUGGUACGACAAUUGCCUCUUGAAGUACUCGGACAAGAACUUCUUCGGCCAAAUUGAUAGCACCAACAGGUUCUACAUGUGGAACGUUAAAGACGUGGAUCAAGACCCCAAAUCUUUCGACUCGAAAGUGAAGGAACUGUUGAGCAGUUUGUCUGAAAAGGCCUCUGCCACGUCGAAGUUGUAUUCGACCGGCGAGCUCGUGCUCGGGACCGGACCGGACCCGAAACUGUAUGGCUUGGCUCAGUGCACCAGAGACCUUAAAGGAAUAGAUUGUAAAAAGUGCCUUGACGAUGCAAUAAGCGAACUUCCAAACUUUAGCAGUGGAAAACGAGGAGGUCGUGUGGUUGGUGGAAGCUGCUACGUUAGAUAUGAGCUUUACCCUAUUGUUGAGGAUCAAAAAAUAUAAAUAGGCGGAUUGGUGGUACUCUUUCAGCUUAUUUUAGAUAUUAUGUAAACGUAAUCUACUGUAAUGGUUUACACAAGCUAAUAAUUAAAUAAAUUGCUAGUGAUAAUAUGGCAGUGAUUAUCUAA